AAACCGGAUGUGAACAACGUAUCUAAGCAACCUUUCAACAGAUUGCAGUUAACAGUAACAAGUGGUGGGAAAGGAAGUCAUAGCCCUCACAAGCAACUGUCACGAUGGCUGCACCAGCAGCGGUAGAGAACUUCGUAAAUUCCAUUAGGACUCUUGCACAUACAAAGAGAAUCCGUGUGACAUUAUUCUUCCAAGAUUUUGACAAACUCAGAUCAGGAUUUGUUACUGUACCACAAUUUUCCCGAUGCCUCUGGCAAACACUAGGAAUUCAGCUGACUCCGGAGCAAGAGGAACUUGUAAAAAGGCAUUAUGACAUCAAGGGGGAUGGACAGUUCAUCAAUUAUAAGCUGUUCUGUGAUGAAAUUGACCAGAACUUUAAUGCCAGAGAUAUCAACAGAGACCCUGAAACUCAGAAAAUUGUUCCCAAAGAGUUCCUGGGAACUGUUCGUUCUGUGCGACCUUUGACCCCAGGAUCUGAACGCAGACUGGUCCAACUAUUACGUCGCAUUGAUCAGUUUUACAGUUACCAUGGCCUUAACCUUCGCACAUGUUAUGAAGACUUUGACAGGCAUCAUAUGGGUGUUGUCACAGAGAGCCAGUUUUACCGAAGCUUCCCAGGACCCCCUGAUGUCAACGAGGCAGAUAUGAAUCUUCUCGUCCAGAAGUACCGUGAUCCUGACCGUCCCGGGCUUCUUAACUACCUAAACCUCCAUCAUGACAUUGUGGCUAUUGGAGGCCAGGUGGCUAAGGAAAAAGAGCUGAUUGAAGCCCCAAAUACACAAGUGGAUGAGACUAGGGUUAUGCUGACUCCUGACCCGGACUUGAACACUAUCUUCGACAAGAUUCGCGUUGCUGUGUUCAAAAACGGCAUCAGAACAACUGAAUUCUUCAAGGACCACGAUAAGCUGCGAAGUGGUAUCAUCACAGAGAAUCAGUUUGUUUGCGGGUUGGCCCUAGCUGUAGGCAAGGAGGCACAGCUCUCUCGCGCGGAGAUACAGAAGGUUGUUGAGUACUACAGACAGCCAGAUGGACGCGUCAAAUACAAGGAAUUCUGUGACAUUAUGGAAAAUGCAUUUACGAUACCUGACCUUGAGAAGAAGCCUCUACAGAGUGUCAGCCGACCAGUGAAAGGGGCCCUAUCAAGGGGUUUGACACCACUGACAGACCAGGAAGAGGGCAGGGUGAUGGAGAUUCUGAGAACAAUUUCGGACAAUGUACGACGUCGCCGACUCAUGAUGUACCCAUACUUCAAGGACUACGACAGGGGUAUUGCAUACACAAGAGUGGUGACCCCAACCCAGUUUGGCCGGAUCCUCCACUUCCUGUCCCUCAACGUGGCACCGGAGGACCUUAAACUUCUCCUCCGCAAGUUUGAGGACCCUGCUACAGGGGACGUCAACUACCCCGCAUUUGUACAGGCUGUUGAUCAGGAGUUUGUUGGUCACACGAUGGACGAUGCCGACCUGAGCCAGGCGGGACGUACCAACACACCAAUGAAGGAACGUGAGGCAACAGCAUCCGACAGCAAUGUCAGCUAUGAUGAUCUGAUGUCCCGUAUUAGGUCCAUUGUGCUUACAAACAGGCUGAGGGUUGGUGAGUACUUCCAAGACUAUGACCCACUCCGAAGUGGCUCCAUCAGUAAAUCCCAGUUCCGACGCGGCAUGUCUCUUCUCGGAUUCAGCAAACUCGGACAACACAACUUGUCAGAGGGACAGUUCCAACUGCUGUCCGAUGUCUACCAGAAUCCACAGAAAGCCGAUCAAAUCCUCUGGACGAAAUUUUUGUGGGAUGUUGAGACAGUGUUUACCCAGCCCAACCUAGAGAAGGUCCCAGACUUGCAAGUCCCGCCACAAGAGAUUUUCCGUGUGCCCAAGCCCGGCACCGUCGACUGGAAUAAUGCAUCUGGAGACCACAUGACACUGUACGGGGCCACUAUGGACCGACUAAAGCAGCGAAGUGAUCAGAGGAGGGUCCUCGCUAAGCCAGUUUUCCAGGACUUCGAUAGGCACAACAAUGGCCAUGUGACAAAAUCCCAGUUCCGUCAAUGCCUUACGAUGCUCGAGCUGCAUUGCACAGAGCCCGAAAUGAUUGCCCUUGAGGCCAAGUUCUGUAAUGACGUGGGCUUCAACUACUUGGCUUUCUUGUCCGAGCUACAACCCAUUGAGCAGCCAAAGUUUAUGUAUGAGAAGAGAUUGGAGGAAAUUCGUCAGACCAAUGUUCGGAAGACACUUCCUGAGCUGAACGCACAGAAAGAUUUUGAGAGUCUGCUGUUGAAGAUUAAGACAAAGGUAAGCCGUGAGCGUAUGCGAGUGCUAGAGUUCAUGAGAGAUUACGACAAGCUGCGAUCUGGCCGCAUGUUGAAGACGUCAUUCCGACGAGCCCUAGAUCUGUGCAGAUUUGAACUGCGUGAGUCAGAAGUGUCCAUUCUGGAGGACCGAUACGAGUCCUACCAAGACCCUGAAUAUGUAGAAUACCUGAAAUUCUGUGACGAGGUUGAAUCUAUCUUCACAACAAAGGAACUUGAGAAGCGUCCCCUGGAAGAUGUUGUACAGUUCAAGCCUCCAGAGGAGUGGGAGCUGAACAAGCUUCCAGCAGACCAGGAGAAUAGGUUCACCGCUUGCAUGGAUAGACUAAGCGAAAAGGUACGAAAACACCAGAUGCAGCUGUUCCCCUUGUUUGAGGAUUAUGAUCGUGUCCACAACGGCACAGUUUCACGAUCACAGUUCCGACGGGUCCUCACAGAGCUCGAGCUGGGAAGUCUACUCAGUCAGCAAGACUUUGAGUUGCUAUGGCAACAGUUUGAUGUGAAAAUUGGCGGCAAGGAUGACGUGAACUACAUCGCUUUCUGUGAUAUGAUUUACAAGUUGGCCAAUUUUGAGCCAAGAAAACCAUAGAUUUGGACUAAAUUGAGUAGAAUUCUGUCAAACUUUGAUCAUUUCUUAAAAAAAUCGCAAUUCUAAAUGGAAGGUCAGAUAUGAUCCUUUCUUUAAUAACAUUGAAUAAAAACUCUUUUUACCAUUUAUCAAGUGUACUGCCUUAUUCUUUUGUUCAUUUAUUUAAGAUAACUGCAAUUGUUAUGCUAUACAAGGUACAUUUGUUGUUCUUUUUAGUGUGGAUGUUUUUCUUAAAUUCAAAAACCAUACUUUUGAAACGAAAACAUUUAUUUUGAUUUCAAUAUAAAUAAAUCUUUCUGACAAAUACUAGAAAUGGCUGGUAUUUGAAAAUUGGAUAAUGGUAAUUUUUCCCAUAUUUCUGACAAAAUAAACCGGCUUCAAUUGAUUUCAAGUAGGGCGCUCACUAUUGAGUGGAGAAAGUUAUUGUAAAUUUAUAUAUAUAUUUUUUCUAUGCAUUAUAUUAUUAUUUUUGCAGAAACACUUAUUGUAAGACAUGUUUUACAAUUAUAUAUUUAAGCAUUUGAUGUUAAAACCGUAUGUUGACUGUGAUAUGUUUUAUACACUUUAAAGUAUUACAUGGAUUGUUAGUAUUGUUGUUGAAAAAAUGUUUUUAACAUAAAUAUUUUAAAUUGUUUUUUAUAGCUUAAAAUCAAACAUCAAAAAGUAUUAAGCCCUUAAAGCCACUGUUGACCCUUUUUGUAUGUGUUGUUAUAUAAAAAAAUCAAAAGCACAUAGUUUAAUAAAUGCAAAUUUGCUUUUCACUUAUAAAUGCUUUUAAAGAGAAGCCACUGCAUAUUUGAAGCACUGCACAUGUUAGUUGAAAGAAAUAGUAGAAAAUAUUUGUAAUUAUUUCUGAUCCCCUAGGUAAAUAAUGCAUAGAACCAAAAGUUGUUUUGGGUGGUCAAUUCAGAGAUUGUGAGUUUGAUCCUGACCAGGGGUAAUUUCUCAUUGCCUCUUAAAGCUGCACUCCCACACAUAUACCAUUUUUACAACUUUUUAAUUUUUUGUCUUGGAAAGAGCAAAUUUUGGAGUAAAUAUCUGCAAACCAAUGAUAUUAGAUUGCUGACAAAAAAUCAGAUCGUAGAUUUUCAUAUUUACGUUCGAAAAUUAAUGUUUUAUGGCUUAAACCGUUACUAACGGUUCAUGAAAAAUGCAUAAAAUAUCAUUUUUUUAACUUUAAUAUAAAAAUCUGCGAUCUAAUUUUUUGUCAGCAGUCCUAUAUUACUGAUUUCCAUGGAUUUUUGCAAAAAUUGGCUCAUUCCAAGACAAAAUAAUUUAAAAAAAAAAAUUAAAACCUUCAAUCUGUGAGAGUGCAGCUUUAAAAUGGACACCAGUACAAACAAGCUUAAAGAAAUUAGUUGAAACUAAAUUAAAAUAUUUUAUAUGAAACAUACAUACAUCAAAAAAAGUAAAAUAAGCUUUAUGUAGAAUUUAUAGAAAUGCAUCAAUUUACAGCAUUUACAUUUUGAUUGUAUUUGAGACUUCGUGAAAGUAUUAUGUUUGAAAGCAUUGUGUCUUUGUGUCAGUAUUAACAAAUUUUACUUAUUUUAGUAAGUAUUUUAUGGGCGUACAAGGUAUUGUACUGUUUAUUUGUUGAGGGAAAGUGUCAGACAGUAUUAUGAGAAUUUUUAAGACUAUAUAACCAGCAUUUUAGCAAGUAAACCAUUAUGCAAAGCAUACAAUUAUAUUAUGAUGCAUAAAAAUAAUUAUUAACUUUAUAUAUGCCAGCUAUUAAAAUGGCUUCUGAGAAAACACUCAGAAUAAAAUAUACAUGUAUAUGUUUCAGCAGCAAAUUAAUAUUCUGUGAAUAUUUUGUUUUUAUAAGACAAUGAAGGAUUUUUACAACAGGUACAAACCCAUAUAUUUUACAUGUUGAAUCGAUGUUUUUUUGUGUAUAUUGUAUUGUUGGAAUGACUUUUGUUAGUUAUGAAUGAAUAUUUUAUCAUAUGCAGAUUUUUUGCUGUAAAAUGUUUACAAUUCAUCAUUCUCUCAUCAUUUUGUGAAAAAAAUGUAAGAUUUGAGAUAAAUAAAUCAAAAACAGA